AUCGGUAUCGGCAGAGGGGGGAAGCAGGGGAAAGGGCCUCAGCGUCGGCAACAACUACCCCAAACAAAUCUAUAUCAACACCACCGGAGCCCAGACAGAAUGCUAGCAAAUCUGCGUACGAGGAGCAGUCCAUCCCGAUUGGUCUGUAUCGUUGCUCGAGCUUCCCAUCAACGGUCCUACAGUACGCAACAGCCAAACCCGCGCCAUCCUCACCAGUCGCCGUUGAAGGGCAUCAGGGUCUUGGAUCUCUCCCGAAUCCUUGCCGGUCCUUCGGCAGCUCAACUGUUAGGUGACUUGGGAGCAGAUGUGAUCAAGAUUGAAGAGCCUGGUCGAGGGGACGAUACGCGAUGGUUGCAGACUCAAUACGAACAACAGCAGGACCCUCAAGUCUUCAAACCUUCCUCGACCCUGUCUAACUAUUUCCUCUCUUGUAAUCGGAAUAAGAGGUCGUUAACUCUGAAUCUCAAAAAACCAGAUGGGGCUCAGAUCCUCAAGAAAUUAGUUGCGAAGAGUGAUGUCUUAAUUGAAAACUUUAUAGUAGGUAAGAUGGAAGAACUCGGUCUAGGAUACGACACCUUGCGAGAAAUAAACCCCAAAUUAAUCUACUCCAGCAUUUCGGGAUAUGGCACGACGGGGCCGAAGGCAAAAGCAGCAGGUUAUGACGUCAUUGCGGCGGCUGAGUCAGGCUUCAUGUCGAUCACUGGCGAGCCGGAUGGGCCGCCAAUGAAGACCGGAGUAGCGAUCUGUGAUAUCAUGACAGGCUUGCAUGCGGCCAUCGGCAUCCUGGCCAGCCUGUAUUCCCGCGAUGGAGGGCCAGACGGGGCUCGACGGUCGGGUCAGAAGGUCGAAAGCUCCUUGUUUGAGUCGGCCCUCAGUCUCUCGUUCAAUGUGGGUUCCAGCUUUUUGAACUCGGGUGAAGAAGCCCAACGGUGGGGUACUUCACAUCCAUCAAUUGUUCCUUAUCAAGCCUUUGAAGCUCAAGAUGGUUAUAUGAUCAUUGGCACCACAAACAACAGACAGUUUGAGAAGCUGUGCAAGACAUUGGAGCUUGAAGAGUUGAAACUUGAUUCCAGAUUUGGAACGAAUUCGCAGCGAGUGAAGAACCGAGUCGAGCUGAUCGAAAUUCUGGGUGAGAGGCUCAAGUCUCGGCCAGCUUCUGAGUGGGUGGAGAAGUUGAACGACUUGGGUUUGCCGUGCUCGAGAGUCAAUUCGAUCCAGGAGGCUUUCCAACAACCUCAGACUCAUGCUCGUCAGAUGAUCCAAGAAAUGGAUUGUGAUCAUUCUUCCUCUGGUAAAAUUCACCUUAUAGGGACACCAAUCAAAUUAUCUGAGUCGCCUCUAACGAUACGAUCUGCCCCACCAGCCUUGAGUGAACAUACCAAAGAGAUCUUAGCCGAUCUUGAAUAUACUGAUGAGCAAGUUCACCAACUUGCUAAAGACUCGGUGAUUUAAGAAAAGAAAAAAUCGCCCAUUCUACGUCCAAUCACCUUCAAGUUCUGAUUGAAUGAGCCGACUCCUUGGUUGUAUUGUAUCUACUUGAUUCACCAUCUUGUUUUCCUUUUAUGAACUGCAUCUUCAUUUGAUUUGAUGAAAGCUCCGCGUAGCUUCCCUGUCAGCAUUCGAGUUCAUGUAGAGGGGAUGCAAAAUUCAACUUCAAAAUGUGUAGAUGAACAUUGC